CUAUUUCGAUACGGUAAACUGCACAGGGAGCGUUUUACCUUUAACGGUAAAAACACGAGUUCACUUUUGCAGCAGACGAUCUUCUGGUCGGGAGUUCUUGCCUCGUGCGGUGCUAAAAGUCCUCCGCGUUUGUGACAACUGCAGUACCUGCAGCUAGACUGACGGCGUUUCAUUUACUUUGUCGGAAUUAAAUACUUCAUUUUGGAAAUACUAUCCGAAAUCGGAUAUCCUUAUUUUUAUAAGAAGUUAAAGCAUAGGUAAACAAACAUGACAUCAGAAUCCUCCGAAUUUUCUACCCGGAAGCGCCAGUCGAUGGGGCCCGGCUCAGUGAUUGUGCAGAAGACGGCGCCCGGCGUGCGCAUGUCCUUGGGCGGCAACCUUGGAUCCUCGAUGACCAUUCGGCGCAACGUCGUCACGUCGACGUACGCCGCGCCGAACCGGCCCGUCGGCGAGGCCGGUAAGGUCAGCAAGGAGUCCGUAGCGACCGUCAUGAACACGCGCGGGAAGGAAAAACGAGAUUUGGGCGACCUGAACUCCAAGCUCGCCAACUACAUCGACAAGGUCAAGUACAUGGAAGCGUGCAACAAGGCGAUGACGGAGGAGAUUGACCGCCUCCGCAAGAUGAAGGGCUACACUCAAGAUAGAGUGAAGGAGGAAUACGAGGAGGAGCUGAAGGAGGCGCGCGCGACCAUCGACACCCUCUCCAAGGAGAUUGCGCCGCUCCAGGCCAAGAUUCUCAAGCUGGAAGACAAGGUGGACUCCCAGCAGCAAGAGAUCAACAUGCUGAAGAAGCACAAGGACGAGCUGCAAGGUCAGGUGCAGAAGCUGAACCAGCUGAUCGGUGACCUGGAGGGAGAACUGGCCACGCUGCGCAACCAACUAGGACGCGAUGGGCAGGGAGAACGACAUGCUGAAACAGGACAACCUGCUGACGCCAUGGGCAAGAAGAAUGAAACAAUAAAACAGGAGAAACUGAGACUUAGGGAUGACAAUGUUAGCAUUAGAGAGGACUUCGAAGCCGCUGUUACCAAGCAAAUUAACGCCGAGAACGAGCGCGACGCUCUUGCCGAGGAGUUGCAGUUCACUCAAGAUACACUCAAUGCUGAAAUCGAGGAGCUGAGGAGCCUGUUGACCAACUUCAAGUCCGUGCAGCCGGACAUCCAGAAGAUGUGGAAGAGCGAGUUCAAGGACUGCAUCCAGGCCAUCCAGGCCGAGUACAAUGACCAGCUGGCCAAGAUGACUGAAAGCACCGAGAGACGCUGCCAGGAGAGGAUUUCCAGCAUGGAGAACGCGUUCAGACGAGACAACACUGACUCCAGCAUCACGAAGACCGAGAACAAGACCCUCAAGUCGCAGCUCGGCGACAACAAGGGCAGGAUGGCCGAUCUGCAGAGGGAGAACGAUCGUCUGCGCAAGGAGUUGGAGGACCUCCAGAACAGGUUGGACGACGAGUGCCGCCAGUGCGAGGAGGAUAAGGAUACCCUGCGUAUGCAACUCCAGGCGCUCGAGGCUGACCUUGCUGAGGUCAUGCACGAUCUUGAGGGCAUGAAGAGCCACAACCUUGACCUCGAGCUGGAGAUCGCCUGCUACAGGAAACUGCUGGAAGGCGAAGAGAACAGCAUGAAGCGUAUCAUCGAGGACCAAGCUAAGCUCCAGUCCGAGGGUGGGGCUCAAUUAGCCGGAAUCAUUGCUGGUGGACGGGGCGGCUCCUCGUCUCAAACAUCCAGUAGCUAUUCAAGAUCCGGUGGAAUGUCAAUGUCCGGCGGUGGAGGAGGCGGAAUGUCAUCGAUGUCGUCAAUGAGCGAGUCAACUGGCAUGGUGAAGGUGUCCAAGUCCUCCAAGUGCGCAGUGACCUUCGCCGAGGUCGCCCAGGACGGAUCAUUCGUGAGAUUGGAGAACGGAUCGCCGUCGAAAGACUUUGACUUAUCGAAGUGGAGCAUCACUAGACGCCAUCCACGCGGCACUUCUUCCUUUGAAUUCCCAGACAAUUUCAAGCUGACACCGAAACAGUCUCUUAGGAUUUUCGCCUAUUCCUUCUCAGAUGAUGCUAAAUCAGGCGAUCUGAUCGCCGACAAGGCGUCCUGCAACUCUUGGGGAACCGGAAAUGGCGAAUACACGCUUCUGGAUGACAAGGCCAAUGAGAAGGCCACAUCCAAGCUGGAGUACGCAGCCGCGAGGUAAACUGACGUCACAAACGCCGGGACGCUGCUAUGACGUCAGUGUUGAUAUGACGUCAGAAAAUAUUCGAAACUAAAACAAUAAUGAACUUUUGCUUCUUUCGCCAUUGUAUGGCUCUUUUUAUGUAAGCGUUUUUGUAGGUUUUCAUUAUAAUGAUAUCACUACAUUGUGUGUUACAUGAAUUAUUUCCUUUUUUCUCGAACUAUAGAGGAGAGUCUGUAUUAUUCGCUUAAAGCUUUCUAAUAGAUAUUUUAAUAUUGCAUUGCAUGUAAUAUCACAACAUGAUUUCUAAGGGUGCUUGUAUGUCUAAAACGUGGACUGGUGUAUUUCUAUAAUGCAUCAAUUCUUGAUGUAAAGCGUUUCAGAUUUACAAUUAGUUCAUUCUAAUAUAUUGUGUAUUUAAAACACAUGACGAUAUCAUGUGUAUGUUAGCAUUUUUCAAUUGAGAAAACAAACAAUAUUUGGCAAGCAAGAACUGCAAAAAUUAGAACUAAAACAUAAAUGCACAGGUAUAAUGCACUUUAUAGUAUGUGUUAAAGUUCAGUCAUUACAUUUAAGAAAUGUCUAAUUAUAUUUUUUUAUAAAAUAUACGAUUAUUUAUUAAUAGAUAGUAUAUUGAGUGACUGUCUGAUCAUCGUACGUAUGGCAGAAACUUUAAACAUCAUGACAUGGGCUUUAGAUGUUUGUGAAUUAUUGGAGUAGCUUUGAAUAAAUAUAUAUUUAUA